GCCAGCGGACAGAUGGCAACCAUUCGCAUUGCUGCACAGAGAUCCGGCCAGGUAGCCACGGAAAUUAACAAAAUGUGGAUAUUACUACUGAUUUGCAGUAUUCAGCUGAUUUGCGCCUCAGAGCACAGUGGCGAAGGAUAUGGUGAGAGCUACGGGGGCUACGGGGGUUACGGAGGAAGUGCAGGAGGAGGCAGUGGAUCAGGAGGAAGCGGUGGAGGAGGCGAUGGCGGCCACUUUCAUCAUCACACACCCACCACAUAUUCGGAGAUCUCGAAACACGUGCCUGUCCACGUGAUCGAGAAGAUUCCGCUGCCUAUUCCGCAUCCGGUGGCGGUUCAGGUGCCCAACGUGAUCCGGCUGCAGAUCCCAGAGCCUUACGCCGUCCACGUGCCCGUCCAGCAAGAGAUUCAAGUUCCAGUCUACAAAAUAGUGCCCGAAAUAACAGAGCGGAAGAUACCAUACACCGUGGAAAAGCCAUACCCCGUAGAGGUGGAGAAACCAUAUCCCGUCGAGGUGAUCAAGCAGAUCAAGAUUCCGGUGCCGAAGCCCUAUCCUGUGCCCAUUACCAUCUACAAGCACGUCCUGCAAAAGGAGCACGGCUGGUAGUCGUUAGUUUUUUAG